UAUUUAUUCGCUAUCCAUAAUAUUAUACCCACGUGUGGGUUUCAUCUGUUCAUUUCUGAAACAGAUCAUACCAGACCUUCCAACUUGAAUGAUGCUGUUUCGGUCAAUGUCUAGACUGUGUAAAUCUUUUGCAUGGAGAAGGAUCAAAUUUCACACCAAUUCUAAGGGGAAUUCGAAGAGAAAAGAUUUAGAUGUGGAUGUUCAAUACAAAAUAGUUAAUGAAGGGAAGGCAGAUGUCCUCCUACCCGCUGGUGUGUUCUACAAUCCAGUUCAGGAAUUCAACAGAGAUCUCACUCUAGCCAUUAUAUCAAUUUUUGCACAAAUACGUCGACAAGAGAUAAAGAAUGAUUUGCUGAAGGACAAAAAAAACAAAUAUAACAAGAAAGUGCCAGUUUCAAGUGGAGAGGUAAAUAUUAAUGAUGUUGAAAAACCACAGAAGAAGAUAUGUGUUGAUGAUAUAGAAGCUGGUAAGAAGUGUGCAGAUGGAAUAUCAAUCUUAGAUAGCCUAGCAGCAUCUGGGCUUCGGUCCAUCAGGUAUGGGCUAGAGAUUCCAGGUGUUAAGAAAAUUGUCGCUAAUGAUUUUGAUAAAACUGCUGUAGAAGCGAUACAGAAAAACAUUGAGAGGAAUAAACUAGAUCACCUCGUCACCUCCAGCUUUGGAGAUGCUUCUAUGGUAAUGUACAUGAGUAAAGGAACAGAUGCUGCAUUUGAUGUGAUUGACCUUGACCCUUAUGGAGGUGCCUCCCAGUUUCUGGAUGCUGCCGUGCAGUCUGUCAGUGAAGGCGGUUUGUUGUGUGUGACAUGUACAGACAUGGCGCUAUUGUGUGGUCGCACACCAGAAAGUUGCCGUGCAAGAUAUGGUACCAUGUCCUACAGGUCGUCAUACUGUAAGGAAAUGGCACUUCGCAUCCUUUUGCAAAGUAUGGAAACAACUGCUAAUAGGUAUUCACGGUAUAUCAUACCCAUGAUAUCAAUCAGUGCAGACUUCUACAUUAGAGUGUUUGUGAGAGUUUUCACAGGUGCCGCAAAUGUUAGGCUUUCAUCUCUCAAGUUGGCCAAUAUGUAUCACUGCUCAGGAUGUGGAGCUUUUACAGUUCAGAGACUGGCCCGGAAAUUACCUACAAAAGGUAAUGAACUCCAACUUUCUACAGCACACGGACCUCCUGUGACAGAUUUAUGUGAACAUUGUGAGCACAAACAUUAUGUCGCUGGUCCAGUGUGGGCGGAUCGUCUUCAUGACACAGACUUUGUAAAAAGAGUGAUCAAAUAUGUUCAGGGGAAACAAGCUGACUUCCAGACACGUAAGAGAAUAAUUGGCAUGUUAAGUCUUGUCAGUGAGGAACUCCAAGACUGUCCCAUGUACUAUGUUAUUAAUGAUGUAUGCAAGAAGGCCCAUGUCUCGCAAGUAAAGUCGGAGCUGUUCAGGUCUGCUUUAUUGAAUGCUGGCUUUGAAGUGUCCAUGUCUCAUGCUGAACAGAAUUCUAUCAAGACCAAUGCUUCAAACACAGACAUCUGGGAUAUUGUACGAUCAUGGGAGAGAAUGAAUCCGGUACACGAGAAGCGUCGUGUACCUGGUUCAGUCACAGCCAAUAUCCUGUCCAAGAAACCAGUCCUUAAAGUGUCAUUUAAACGCCACCAGAUGGCCACACAGGAGUCAAAGAAAAAGAACCUGUUACGAUACCAACAAAAUCCAGCCAAGUAUUGGGGUCCUAUGAGUAAACCAAAGGCAAAUAGGUCUGCUGAACCCAUGCUGGACAGGACGAUAUAUCUCCAAGGGAAGAGGAUGAAGAAUCGUGAAGAUGGUGAGGAAGAUGCCAAGAUGCAGGAAUGAUACAAUCAUGCUCCCUGGAAAGUGAAGGGUUUACUACAAUGAAAUCUCCCAGGAUAGACUAUUGCUGAGUGUGACUAGUGAAGGGUUUACUGCAAUCUCCCAAGAUAGAUUAUUGCUGAGUGUGACAAGUGAAGGGUUUACUACAAUGAAAUCUCCCUGGAUAGACUUUACUGCAAUCUCCCAAGAUAGAUUAUUGCUGAGUGUGACUAGUGAAGGGUUUGCUACAAUGAAAUCUCCAUGGAUAGACUUUACUACAAUCUCCCAGGAUAGACUAUUGCUGAGUGUGACUAGUGAAGGGUUUACUACAAUGAAAUCUCCAUGGAUAGACUUUACUACAAUCUCCCAGGAUAGACUAUUGCUGAGUGUGACUAGUGAAAGGUUUACUACAAUGAAAUCUCCAUGGAUAGACUUUACUACAAUCUCCCAGGAUAGACUAUUGCUGAGUGUGACUAGUGAAGGGUUUACUACAAUGAAAUCUCCAUGGAUAGACUUUACUACAAUCUCCCAGGAUAGACUAUUGCUGAGUGUGACUAGUGAAAGGUUUACUACAAUCUCCCAGGAUAGACUAUUGCUGAGUGUGACUAGUGAAGGGUUUACUACUAUGAAAUCUCCCAGGGUAGACUUUACUACAAUCUCCCAGGAUAGACUAUUGCUGAGUGUGACAAGUGAAGGGUUUACUACAAUGAAAUCUCCUUAGCUAGACUUUACUACAAGCUCCCAGGAUAGACUAUUGCUGAGUGUGACUAGUGAAGGGUUUACUACAAUGAAAUCUCCAUGGAUAGACUUUACUACAAUCUCCAAGGAUAGAUUAUUGCUGAUUGUGACAAGUGAAGAGCUCACUACAAUGAAAUCUCCCUGGAUAGACUUUACUACAAUCUCCCAGGAUAGACUAUUGCUGAGUGUGACUAGUGAAGGGUUUACUACAAUGAAAUCUCCCUGGAUAGACUUUACUACGAUCUCCCAGGAUAGACUAUUGCUGAGUGCGACUAGUGAAGGGUUUACUACAAUGAAAUCUCCCAGGAUAGACUUUACUACAACCUCCCAGGAUAGAUUAUUGCUGAGUGUGACAAGUGAAGGGUUUACUUCAAUGAAAUCUCCCUGGAUAGACUUUACUACGAUCUCCCAGGAUAGACUAUUGCUGAGUGUGACAAGUGAAGGGUUUACUAUAAUGAAAUUUCCCUGGAUAGACUUUACUACAAUCUCCCUGGAUAGACUAUUGCUGAGUGUGACAAGUGAAGGGUUUACUACAAUGAAAUCUCCCUGGAUAGACUUUAAUACAAUCUCCCAGGAUAGACUUGCUGAGUGUGACAAAUAAGGGUUUACUACAAUGAAAUCUCCCCAGAUAGACUUUACUAUGAUCACCCUGGAUAGACUAUUGCUGGGUGUGACUAGUAAAGGGUUUACUACAAUGAAAUCUCCCUGGAUAGACUAUUGCUGCGUGUGACAAAGUGAAGGGUUUACUACAAUAAAAUCUCCCUUGAUAGACUAUUGUUGAGUGUGACUUGUGAGGAAUUUGUGAUAACAACAGUAAAAGCAUAUGAGUGGUACUGAUCUAGGGGUUUUAUUGUAGUGUGUAUGUUCACUAUUUCAUUUGCUUGUGAGAAGGCAGUGGCCUGGAGGGGAGGGAUGAUGAGCAAAACUGGUGCCCGUUUUAGGAGAGUUAUCUCCCUUCUGAUUAAUGCCAGGACUCCAGACUUUGUGUGUCAAACAGAGGUAACAAACGUGGGAGUAGCAUACCAUAACAAAGUCACAUUGAGGUCACUGUUUUUGAAAGCAGGAAUCGUAAACUUUGUGUUGGACAUCAUUUUAAGGAGGUAUGCCAUAAGUAGGUCACUGUGACCUACUUUUUACGGGCUUGCCUUCGAGGUGUCAACAUAUGGUAUGGCCUAGGCCUUCAUCUACAUGAACAGUAUUUGCAUUGUGUGUGAUAACUUUCCCAGAUAUCAUUGAAUUGCCUUGAUAUAUAAAGAUUAAAGUCAAGUUCUAUCGGUUCAUGCCAUU